CAUUGUCAUGGCUGACGAGUUGGAUCCCGAUGUCGAAUAUGUUCUUUUGAAUAAGCGAGAUGCCAAAGUCUACCAGGUGCCACCUGCUGCAUCAGCAUCCGGGCACAAAGCUGCUGAUUGGAAGGAGGCAAUUUGGCGAGGAAAUGUUCGAAUUGUGGGAAGAGGAAAAGAAUUGACAAUUCGUUUGUUGGACAGUGGUUCUGGCAGCUUAUUCGCUCAGUGUGUCAUCCCUGAGGGUGCGUACGAACGUUAUGUUGAGCGAGUCCUGGACUCCAGUCGGUAUUGGGUCCUCAAAAUUGUCAAUGGACAACGACAUGCCUUCAUCGGUUUUGGCUUCAGUGACCGAAAUGAUGCUUUCGAUUUCAAUGCAUGCUUGGCGGAUUUCAAGGCCACCUUUAUCGACAAGGUCCAUGAAGCCAAAGCGGCCGAAGCGCUGCCAAAGAAAGACUUGUCUCUAAAAGAAGGACAGACCAUCACAGUGAAUCUGCCUGGGAAGGGUGGAAGGCGGAGGGUGCCACAAGUGCCACAAGCUGGCUAUGCAGGAGGUGUAUCUUUGGCGCCGCCGCCUUCCACUGGAACCGCGCUGCAGACUAGCAGUGGCAAGGCCACAGAAAUUGCCACGACAGCUCCAGAAGAUGACUUUGCAGACUUUGCGGACUUUCAAUCGGCUGCAGCUGCGCCAUCCGCAUCAUAAAGAGCAGGGUCAAGAGGGAAAAAAA